AUGGCAGAGCUCUCAGAGCAAAGCAUUGAUCCGAAGCAGAUGGUUGUGGUUUUAAAUUCCCCUUCAAAUGUCGGAGAAGACGAACUGACGAUUCAUUUUCAGAAGGAAAGAAAUGGCGGUGGAGAUGUCGACGACGUUGUGGUUGACAGAAGCGUUUCGUUUGUUAGUUUUGAUAUGCCUGAAGGUUUGAGCUCUUUCAUUUAUGUCCCUUCAAAUAAUGUUUGUAUCGUGUAAGCAGAUAUUUUGGUUUAGGUUACACUGUAAGACUUAAUUUAAGGUUACAGAACACUUUUGAGUGUUCAUUUUGCCUAAAUUUUUUUAUUGGUUUCCAUGAAAGCAUUAGACUAGUUCUACUAUCUGACCAAGUUUGAACGAAAAUUGUUGAGUCAUUUAAUAAAAUACAUUUCGCUGCAAUAAGAAAAACAUUGAAUGUAAUCACUCAAGUUCAAUUUUCUCCCGAUGAAUUUUACGGCAAUUACUGAUUUUCAAACGACUUGUUCUCCUGCGGGUUUUAACAAAUUUUUCUCAAUUCUGAGACAUUACGUCGUUAUGCUGAGUCAUGUUUUGCUAUAUUUAUCGUUUACGUAGUAUCUAAAAAUAGUAUUUAUGUAAUGUCUAUAAAUAUCUUUCGGACAGUAUAUAAGCAGCGAAAGCUUAAGUUAGAAAAGGAUGAGAGAAAAGUUUAGAAGUAGUAAUUUGUUGUUGUUGUUCAAGAAGAAUAAAAUAAUGUUGUUGGAUUCAACGGGCACUGGCACAUUUACAUGGAGCUGUAGUUGUCUAUGUGCAGUUUACAGUGAAUUUGCAGUGUUACGUAUUCCAUUGCACUCUCUGAAAAUGGAAUUCUUUUGUGAGUGGUCAAUCAAAAAUCUAGGCAAUGUCAGUAGUUAGUUAACCUCUCUUAGUUUGUGUUUUUAGUCUCAACAAGCGUCCUGAAUCAUCAGGAACAAUUCAUCAACAGCAAAAAGAUUGAAGCUCAGAGCUAUGAAUCGUGUUUAGCAAACAAAAAGGUAAACAACUUUCUACCUGAAAAAGACUAAUAUAAACUUGGACUUUGGACUCGACCAAACAUUCUUUGUGAAUGUCUAUGCUUCUAUUUAUGAUGUUCCUGGCUUUCGCCAAAAUAUGUCCAAGUGUUUGUAAUAAUUUUCAGGUAGUUAAGACACAAGCCGAAACAGGUUAUUUACUUGAUUUAACUCAAACAGAUACAGGAAGGCAGCUCUGCGAUAGACAACCAAGAACGCAAUCAACCAGAAGAUGCAGCAUGCACAUUUGUUUCCUCAGAAGGUAACUCGGUCUCUUGCCUCUCUAACUCUUGCACUCUCCCUAAUUUUCUCCAUAGUUUUUCUAGUUCCGUCACAUCAUCUUGUUCUUUAGGAAGUGUACGAUCUACAACGCGGCCGGCUCGGCGACGCGCUUUCAAAACAAAGAAAUUUGGUGUUUCCACAAACAAUAGUAUUAUAUGUUUCAUAUAGUAUUAUAUGUUUUUUGUCAUGCAAGACAAAAACUGUCAAUAAUUCGUGGUCCCGGGAGUAUUGUCAACCGCGUUGUCAUUCUCAACACAAUGUUAAACAAGCAUUAUUACGUCUUUCAGUCAACGUGAAACCUUAAUGCGACUCAAGAGAUGUUACUUAAAGUCGAAAUUACAGCAAACAUUGCAUCGCUUCAGCCGAACGUAGCAGUUUGUAAGGUUAUUUGACAGAGCGUCAAAUAUUUAUUACAGUAAUCAGAUUGCUUAGCGCUCAUUCUUGAGCUGAAAUUUAGACUGCGUCGUUGAGCCGGCCGCGUCGCAGAUCGCAACCUCCCUUUUGUCUUCCUCAGGACACCUCACGUUAUUUUUAUCUUCCUCUGGUUUCUUAAUUUCUCUUUCAAUAUGUUUUCUUAGCUAACAUAACUCAAAUGUUUGCAUUUCAGUUGAACUAUCUUUCCAUAAUCUUCUUACAAUCUUGUCCCGCUUUGCGUUCCUCUACAUAUUCUUUUGACAGAGUCCUUUCAUCCUCUCUUAGCUAACUUUCUAUCAUUCUUUCAAAUCACAUGUCCAAACCAUCUGAUUCUUGUUUCAUCAGUAUUCUUUAAUCAAAAUAUUCUAAGUAACUAUCAAUAUAAAAUUUCAAUUUACUGAUAUGUUUAGAUGCUCAAAAUGUACUGAAAAAAGCCAAUGAAAAACCGCUUUCACCAGAGGGCGAGCUGUUAAAAGUGAGUGAUGUAUUGGAGCCAACUCAUGACAGAAGCAUUCUACUGGCAAAAAACCUUAAUUAUCAAACUAACGAAGAAACUUUAAGAAGUUUUGUAGAAGUUAAAAGGAAGGCUAACGUCUUGAACAUUGUUUUUGGGAAAGAUGGUAAAGCUAUUGUGAUAUUAAAAAAUGAAAUAGGUAGGUGAAGGCUUUGUGCCAGCAAUUGACAGAAAGAGAACAUUGAUUAGAGUUUGAUUAUUCACAUUUGCGGUUUGACUGACUGGCACGGACAGCUAACAAAUGAUUUGAACCUUACCUGACAACUGAUAAUCAAAAAACACCCUUACUAUCGGGAAAUAAACAUUUUUCCUUUACUUAGAUGACGAUUGUUCAAACGAAGAAAGCUCUAAUGAAAACAUGAAGUUGGAUGGCUCCAUUAUUUCCCUGGAAUUUGCUCCACUGACCAAAGGCAUUACAAUCAGUAACAUACCACAAGGAACAUGCUUUGAGGAUAUUAGGUGUAAAUUUUCAAAUGAAAAUAUCGGUGGUGAUCAAGUUACGGACAUAAUACUGGAUAGAACAAAUGGGAUUGCAAAUGUUUACUUUGAAAAAACUUCAGGUAUAAAUCUGGCUUAUUUUAACACAAUAAUAAUAGUAAUAAUUAAUAAUAAUAAUUUAGAUUUCUCACAGCGUGUAGAGACGCUCGUCGUAUUCAGCAAAUUUUCUCUCCGAACGCAGGCUCGCAUUUUCCAGCGGACUUGCGGUGUAACAUUUUUCACAGAAGUGAAAGAUGUCCGCUGACAUUGCGAGCCCAAACGAGUGGGAGAAAUUUCGCUAAAUUGAACCAACGUGCUAGGAAGAACAGUUUAGCACUGACAGAGCUAUCGAGUAUAAAUAAAGUUAGUAUAAUUACAUAGGUGAUUAUUGGAAAUUCUCAACGCUGAUUGGUUGCUGUUGAGGUGAUUAUUACGCGAUAAUCACCUAAGCAAUUUUCAAAAUGGCGGCCGAAGCCGUUUUGCCAAUUAAAUGACGAAGAAAUGUGCAUUUUUAAUUUUUUUUCCAAAUAAUCAGCUAUGAAAUUAUACUAAAACAAUUAUUCACCUCAGGAGCUUGGUGAUUAUCGUGAAUAAAAACCUCGACUUCGUCUCGGUUUUUAUUCACCGAUAAUCACCUCGCCUUCGGCGAAUAAUUGUUAAUUAGUUUAGUUUAGGUUUCCUCCCGUAGUAACACUGAAUCAAUAAAAUAUAUUCCUUACUGGACCUCUAGGAAGAACAGUUUAGAACUGGUAGAGCUAUCGAGUAUAAAUAAAGUUUGAGUAUAAAUAAAUAAAGUCAACUGAUCGAGUUUCUGAUUUUAGUUGUUUCAGGACUUGUCAAAAAGGAACAUAAAUUUAAAGGUGUUCCUUUAACCGUAUUUCCAUACUAUGAUGACUUCGAAGAGCUGCAUGAAGAAAGUACAAUUAAAACAACAGUAGUCUCUAGAAGUUAUCACAUCGACCCUCUUGUCAUGGGCUAUGUAAUGAAACACCUAAGAAUUGAAGAACAAUUCGACUUAAAAAAGGCGAAAUUCGAUGCAAGUUCAUCACGAUUUCAUUUUACGAAAGAGUUCGAAGAUUGCAAAGAAGAUGCGACAGAGUUUGAAAACAAAUUGAAAGAAUUUUUUCACUCGUUUGUAAAAGAAGAUGUGAAAAUCCCGAAAGUUGUUUUUGAGCAAGUUAAGGAAGCAAUUGAAAGCAAGCGCAAUGAAUUCGAAGCGGAGAAAGUCGAUUUCAAAUUUGAUGGUUUUCGUGCUAUUUUCGUUGGCGAAAGAGAAAACGUCGCUGGAAAGAAACAGUUAGUUGAAACAAUGGUAGAGACGUUUACAGAAGAAGCUCAAAAUAUAUCAAUAGAUUUUCAAAUAGAUGACAAAAACAUGCUGAAAUUCUUGAAUUUCAUUGAUUAUUUCACGAAACUUGAAACAGAAUUUCCCGAGGUACAAAUUUGUGGAAUGCAAAGUUCGUCUGGUAAAUUGUCGUUUUUAGGAACGACAGCCGAAACAAAAGAUAUCAAAGCGAAGAUCUCUGAAGAUUUUAUGGAGAUCUCAGAGAUUGACGUAAAGAUGAGUGAUCAUCAGAUAGAUUUUCUGAAGCGGACGGAUUGUCAGAUUGUGAAUGAUGAAUUGAAAAAAGAUGACGUCAUGUUAAUGAUGCUGACCCUUGAAGAAGCUGUGGGGGCUCAAGCCUUCCAGGCUAAGAUUAUGACCCUGAGGAAAUGUGAUAAUACUGAGGUAAUGCUAAAUCAGACAAACGGAAUAAGUUUGAUUAUUAACUCUCUUCCGCCUGCACAUGUAAAAUCGUGUGUGGUAGAAUUAGUGGUAGAGCUAUUCAGUAUAAAUAAAGUUAGUUCAGUUUAGGUUUCUCCCUCUAAUAACACUGGAUCAAUAAAAGAUGAUCCUUACUGGACCUCUAGGGAGAACAGUUUAGAACUGAUAGGGCUAUCCAGUAUAAAUAAAGUUAGUUUAGUUUAGGUUUUCGCCUGUAGUAACACUGGAUCAAUGAGAUAUUAUUCCAACUGGACCUCUAGGAAGAACAGCUCAGAACUGACAGAGCUAUUCAGUAUAAAUAAAGUUCAGUUUAGGCUUCUCCCUCUAAUAACACUGGAUCAAUAAAAGAUGAUCUUUACUGGACCUCUAGGAAGACCAGUUUAUAACUGAUAGAGCCAUCCAGUAUAAAUAAAGUUGGUUUAGUUAAGGUUUUCGCCUGUAGUAACACUGGAUCAAUAAGAUAUUAUUCCUACUGGACGUCUAGGAAGAACUAUUUAGAACUGACAGAGCUAUCCAGUAUAAAUAAAGUUAGUUCAGUUUAGAUUUCCUCCUGUAAUAACUAAUACUAGACCAAUACGAGCGCACACUUGGCCAUGCUCAAAUCCCUAAAGUGGUGUUAUCUAGUUUAAAUAAAGUUUUGUAAAGUUUUACGCCGUUUUCAAAAUGAACCAGACAGUAUAAGAAUAAAAUAAUAUAUUAAGUGACAAUUUUAUAUUCAUUUUUAAAGGAGAAACGUCUUCUCAAGAUCGUUCAUGCGAAAACCUCAGAGAAACGCGUCAGAGUCGACGAGGAGACAGCGAGUUUCCUGGCAAAAUCCGACAAACUGCAAGAAUUCAAAAUGGAACAGUUUGACCAACACCAAGUCUUGAUCGACCCAGAACUCGUGAAUCCUUGCAAUAUGUGGAUCGUCUGUGAAGAAUCUAAGAUGAACAACGCCGAACAAGAACUAACACGUUUGACUGACAAAAUGAUGAUCGCGAGCUAUACAUUUAGACCCAUGGAUCCAAUGAAAGUUCGUUUCUUAAAGGAGCAUUGCUGGAGCAAAAUUAAAGAGAAGGAAAAAAGUUGCGAAGCGGAAGGAGUUGCUGUUCUGGAAAUUGAUUCUGGUUCGCUUGAGGUAAAGGGCACCCAGGCAGGCAGAAAAGACAUGAUAACGUUUUUUGUAGAUUUGGCUAAACAAAUUGACUGUAAGGUAGUUGAAACAAUGGUAGAAACGUUUACAGAAGAAGCUCCAAAGGUAUCAAUAGAUUUUCAAAUAGAUGACAAAAAUAAGCUAAAAUUUUUGAAUUUCAUUGAUUAUUUCAAGAAACUUGAGACAGAAUUUCCCGAGGUACAAAUUCGUGGAAUGCAAAGUUCGUCUGGUAAAUUGUCGUUUUUAGGAACGACAGCCGAAACAAAAGAUAUCAAAGCGAAGAUCUCUGAAGAUUCUAUGGAGAUCUCAGAGAUUGACGUAAAGAUGAGUGAUCAUCAGAUAGAUUUUCUGAAGCGGACGGAUUGUCAGAUUGUGAAUGAUGAAUUGAAAAAAGAUGACGUCAUGUUAAUGAUGCUGACUCUUGAAGAAGCUGUGGCGGCUCAAGCCUUCCAGGCUAAGAUUAUGACCCUGAGGAAGUGUGAUAAUACUGAGGUAAUGCUAAAUCAGACAAACGGAAUAAAUUUGAUUAUUAACUCUCUUCCGCCUGCACAUGUAAAAUCGUGUGUGGUAGAAUUAGUGGUAGAGCUAUCCAGUAUAAAUAAAGUUAGUUCAGUUUAGGUUUCUCCCUCUAAUAACACUGGAUCAAUAAAUGAUGAUCCUUACUGGACCUCUAGGGAGAACAGUUCAGAACUGAUAGGGCUAUCCAGUAUAAAUAAAGUUAGUUUAGUUUAGGUUUUCGCCUGUAGUAACACUGGAUCAAUAAGAUAUUAUUCCAACUGGACCUCUAGGAGGAACAGCUUAGAACUGACAGAGCUAUUCAGUAUAAAUAAAGUUCAGUUUAGGUUUCUCCCUCUAAUAACACUGGAUCAAUAAAAGAUGAUCCUUACUGGACCUCUAGGGGGAACAGUUUAGAACUGACACAGCCAUUCACAAUAAAUAAAGUUAGUUUAGGUUAGGUUUCCUCCUGUAGUAACACUGGAUCAAUAAGAUAUUAUUCCAACUGGACCUCCAGGAAGAACAGCUUAGAACUGACAGAGCUAUCCAGUAUAAAUAAAGUUAGUUCAGUUUAGAUUUCCUCCUGUAAUAACUAAUACUAGACCAAUACGAGCGCACACUUGGCCAUGCUCAAAUCCCUAAAGUGGUGUUAUCUAGUUUAAAUAAAGUUUUGUAAAGUUUUACGCCGUUUUCAAAAUGAACCAGACAGUAUAAGAAUAAAAUAAUAUAUUAAGUGACAAUUUUAUAUUCAUUUUUAAAGGAGAAACGUCUUCUCAAGAUCGUUCAUGCGAAAACCUCAGAGAAACGCGUCAGAGUCAACGAGGAGACAGCGAGUUUCCUGGCAAAAUCCGACAAACUGCAAGAAUUCAAAAUGGAACAGUUUGACCAACACCAAGUCUUGAUCGACCCAGAACUCAACUCGUGGAUCCUUACAAUAUCUGGAUCGUCUGUGAAGAAUCUAAGAUGA